UUUAUAGCGUAACUGCGGGACUAGUGGCUGGUCUUUAAUCAGAGACUGGAGAGGCGGGCCGAGGUGCUGACUGUAAUGCGAUAGCUGCGCCCGUCCUUAAUGCUAUUACAUCCACAUGCUGCUGCUGCCGCGCAAGACUCAGCGCUCAAACGCAGAGACGCGCAGUGCCAAAGACACAGCGCACGGAGUAUCUCUAUCACAAGACUUCAGUUACGGACCCUCUGCACAGACGACCUUACCCGAACUGCCCUUUUCUGACAGUUUUCCGCCGUGGCCAGUGUUUCCCAAUAUCAAGAUAGAGCGUUUUGUGCUGGAUUCUGUGGGGACGAAACCGGGAAAACGCUUCAUGUCAGUUGGAUUUGAAGGCGAGAGAAAGCGGCGCUCACCUCACUCACUCACUCACCCGCUGCUAUAGCUCGAGGAAAUCAAGCCAAAAUAUGUUUUCGCCCUGAACUCUGGCAUUCAAAGACAAAGUUGUUUAGUUUUAAUCAGCCGUUUUAUUUCGUUGACGUUGCUUUUGUUUAGGAUAUAACUGGAGAUGUUAAACAGCCAAGUCUGGGUUGAAUUUACGCAUCCAGCAUUUUGAAGCACAUCGAGAAAGCAGGCGGAAGAAAUUGUUAUCAGACUAAAGGCACAAGUGGAUACAUCAUCAGUGGACAAGAACAUUUUCAAAGAACAUCACAAGAACUUCAGCAUUUCCUCUACGCGCACUGGGUGAACAUCACCCAGAAAAGAUGGAUUUAUUCACAAAGCUCUGUGGAUCUUUACUUGUCUUGUGUGCGGCAUUAGUUUAUGGAGAGGAGGAGCCAUGUGGUGGGCAUUUGGAUGCCAGUGACGCAGGAUACAUCACUACACCUGGUUAUCCGCUGGAGUACCCGCCCCACCAGAACUGUCGAUGGGUGAUCACAGCGCCCGAACCGUCGCAGCGUAUCGUCCUAAACUUCAACCCGCACUUUGAGCUGGAGAAACUGGACUGCAGGUAUGACUUCAUUGAGAUCCGGGAUGGGAACUCGGAGAGCGCAGAUCUGUUGGGGAGACACUGCAGUAACAUCGCACCCCCUGCGAUCAUCUCCUCAGGCCCCGUCCUGCACAUCAAAUUCGUCUCUGACUACGCCCACCAGGGGGCAGGGUUUUCGCUGCGCUAUGAAAUCUAUAAGACAGGCUCCGACUGUUCCAGAAACUUCACCAGUCCGUCAGGUGUGAUCGAGUCGCCUGGUUUCCCUGAUAAGUACCCGCACAAUCUGGAGUGCACCUUCAUCAUCAUCGUCCCUCCUCACAUGGACGUCACCCUCUCCUUCCUGACUUUCGACCUGGAGAACGACCCCUUGCAGGGCUCGGAAGGCGAGUGCAAGUACGACUGGCUGGAGGUGUGGGACGGCCUCCCGCAGGUGGGACCUCUGAUUGGGCGGCAUUGUGGUACCAAAAUCCCCUCUGAAAUACAGUCGUCCACUGGUAUCCUCUCUCUGUCCUUUCAUACGGACAUGGCCGUGGCCAAAGAUGGCUUUUCUGCUCGCUACAACAUGACUCUCAAGGAGGUCAAUGACAAUUUCCACUGCAGUAAUGCUCUUGGCAUGGAGUCAAACAAGAUCAGCGAUGACCAGAUCUCCGCGUCAUCCACUUUCUAUGAUGGCCGAUGGUCUCCGAGACAGGCUCGACUUAACUUUGAGGACAACGCUUGGACGCCCAAUGAGGACAGCAACAAAGAAUACAUCCAGGUGGACCUGCACUUCCUGAAGGUCCUGACGGGCAUCGCCACCCAGGGUGCAGUCUCCAAAGAGACACACAAGUCCUACUACGUCACCUCUUUCAAGCUGGAGGUCAGCACUAAUGGAGAAGACUGGAUGAUCUACCGCUACGGCAAAAACCACAAGGUUUUCCAUGCGAACGCAGACCCCUCAGAGGUGGUCCUGAACCGGAUCCCCCAGCCUGUCUUAGCUCGGUUUGUCCGCAUCCGACCUCAGACAUGGAAGAAUGGAAUCGCGUUGCGCUUCGAACUUUACGGCUGUCAAAUCACGGAUGCUCCAUGUUCUGAGAUGCAGGGAAUGCUCUCUGGCCUCCUGCCGGACUCCCAGAUCUCGGCUUCCUCCAUGAGGGACAUCCACGGGGCCACAGGUGCCGCCCGGCUGGUGGCCAGCCGCUCAGGAUGGUUCCCCAGUCCCACGCAGCCCGUGGCUGGUGAAGAAUGGCUGCAGGUGGACCUGGCAGUCCCCAAAACCGUACGGGGUAUCAUCACACAAGGGGCCCGCGGGGUGGACGGCAGCACCAGCGCAGAGAACCGGGCCUUCGUGCGGAAGUAUAAACUUUCCCAUAGUUUGAAUGGAAAAGACUGGAGCUACAUCAUCGAUUCCAAAACUAAUCUCCCAAAGAUUUUUGAGGGUAACACACACUACGACACCCCAGAGAUUCGACGUUUUGAUGAGAUCGUGGCCCAGUUUAUCCGAGUGUAUCCGGAGAGGUGGUCGCCCGCCGGCAUCGGAAUGAGACUGGAGAUACUGGGUUGUGACUUGCCAGAAUCUACCACCAUUCCUGACACCGCCACACCUACCCUCCUUCCUCAUGAGGAGACAAGUAUUGCCCACAGGACACCAGCUCCCACCACGCUCUCAUCUCUGGGUGGUCUGUGUGACUUUGAGCAGAGUAUGUGUGGAUGGACCCACGACCCCAUGUCCGAUCUGAAGUGGUCUUUGUAUAGCUCCUCUAGCCCUAGUCUGGACCUGACACUGGGAUCUGACAAUUUUGGUAAUUUCCUGUAUGUGGAGGCGAGUCCCAAGUCAGAGCCGCAGCGUGCGCGGUUAAUGAGCCCGUCUGUGGGACCCGAGCGCCGUCCCGUCUGUCUGCUCUUCUACUACCAGCUGCAGGGUGAAGGUCAGGACAGCCUUCGCGUGCUGCUUCGGGACGAUGACCAGGAGGAGACGCUGCUCUGGGCGCUGAAAGGAGAUCAAGGGCCCAUGUGGAGAGAAGGCCGCACCAUCCUGCCCCAGUCCCCUAAAGAAUAUCAGGUUGUCAUCGAGGGCUUCUUCGAGCGGGGCAGUCGAGGGCACAUCUGGGUUGACAACAUCCAUAUGAGCUCCAGCAUCGAGCUCGAACAGUGUACACAACCCUUCGCUGCAUUCCCCCCAGAAAUGACUGGGGGAGCCUCACCUGGCUGGAGCGACCCCACUGUUGACACGACAGUGUCCCUGCAGCCCAUGCCCACCUACUGGUAUUACGUAAUAGCCGGAGGUGGCGCCAUUUUCCUCCUGGGCUGCGUCACGUUGGUCAUGGUGCUGUGUUGCCAUCGCUACCACCUGGCGGCCAAGAAGAGCCAGCACUCGGUGUCCUACCAGAGCACGUACACGGGACAGUACGCAGGCGGCGGGCCUGGGGGUCUCUCCGGACCUGGGGUGGAGCCGAUGCUAACGAUUAGGUUAGAGAAGCAAGAGCCCUGCUCCCAGUGUUGAGGCGACACCAAUGGCACCUAGGUGGUGUCCUUUAAAGUCAAGGAUGAAGAUGUGGACACGUAUAAGCACCAGAGUUGUCGAGUUUUCUGAGACUCUUUUGUGGAGCUCCAGUGCUGGGAAGGAGGAGAUCUGCUGUGCCGAAGGGACAUCCAGCCAAAAUCCUGACUGGCAGGGACCCCCUUUUCCCUUCUGUCUCUCUCUCUCUCUCUUGUGUGUGUGGAUGGGAACCUUACUGUGAAAAGCUCUAAUCUCCUGUUCAUGACCAAUCCUAUUGUACAGUCAAGAGAACUCGGCAGCACUCCCAAACUCUGAGGAGAGCCUGCGAACAGCGACGGGAGGGAGGCGUCGGUACAAAAAGGAAAACCAGGAAACUUUUUUCUUGCAUGUGUGCCGCAUCUCAUGUGCACAUUGACGAGAAGUUUCAAAGAGACAAAAGCAUGAACUCCGAACACUCUGGGACGCAUGUUCGUGCUGGAUGUGUCGGGAAGGGGUACCAUGUAAUGUACUGAAUUUUUAACUCCUGGUACCUCUACAAAGUGCUUAAGUUAUGAGGACUGGUCCUUUUAUCUUCAAGUAGAGCGUGGAUUUGGUCCGUUCCAGUGAUGCGUCUCCUUUGACUAUUGAAUGAAGCAUUUUGAAGGCUGUUGAGUUCAUUUUGAGUAUCUGUCAAUAUGUGUCUAUAUAUAAACUCUUCUUUUCUGAAAGUCACUGGGGCUUUGGCACUUACAGUAAGUACGUCUAAAGAGAUUCGGUAUGUUUUUCGCCUAUAUGCAAAGGUCACACGACCCCGCCUUAGCCAGCCUACUCCUCUGAUUGGCCGACUGACUGACACAACAUUGGCCUUAAGACGCUUCAGUGGCAUUGGGCUAGUUCGAGCCGAUCACUGUUCUCAUUUAUUAUUUAAUCCUUUCGUAUUCACGCUCAGCCGAGAUGAACCGAAGUGCAUAUGCAGCUAACCGAUGCACUGACUUUAUUUUUAUAGCUAACGCUAACGCAGUGUGUAUUUGUGUGUCGUUUCCCCAGAGAUUUUGAUUAUACAUAGUCUUGUAAAAGAGCAGAAGCGGAGAGCUUUGUAUAUCUGCCAAAUGUCAGACGGUGCAAGAGCGCUUCGCUAGCUGAUUUUGCUUCAGGGAGCGAGUUGGCACGUUAGCAUGUUAGUUGGAGCCCAUUUCCAAGUCCACCUAGUGUCACUCAGUACACCUGCUGAUGUCUUACUGAAUCACAAUUUUAUCAGACAGGGAGAAGACUUAGCGUUUUAUUUUAUUAGCAUUAUUUGCAUAUGACAAUCUUGUUGCAGAUCAUCUUUGAACGUAUCCAGUAACACUAUAUAUGCAGGAGAAAGUUUCAAAAUGCACUUCAGAAUAAUUUUCCCUGGUGCGAAUGUUUGCUUCGUCCCUUUCAUGUGCCACUUGAAACGUAGCGGUAUACCUCUGAAAAGAAAACCAUGCGAUGUUCUGUCCAAGUACAUAGUGUUCAGUGUUCUCUUCUGUACCAAACAAACACAAAAAAUAGGCGCCAUCAGAGCUCAGGGUGGAAAUUCCCCCAACAAAACAUUUUCCUCUUUACACAUAAAGAGUCUGAGGCUUCAUCCAUUACUGAAAGCAUCUGUCAGGCGGGCACGUCAGAUUUUGGCUUCAUCUAAAGCAACUGGGAUGAAAGGAGAAAGUAAAUCCUGAUAUCUUGUUAUGUCCUCCAUCUGGCAAUAGGUGAAAAUAAUCCCCCAUCACGGACGGGCUGGCCCUUUUUCGCCCGUUUAUCUGCUCUCCGCGAAAGAAUGUGUGGGGAGAUGGAAGGCGAGAUCAAAGAAAAGCCUGCUCUAAAUAUAGACCUCCUCUGCAAAAUCCAGGGUCUGAAGGGGUUUGUUUAAAACACAAAAGCACAUGAAAGAUCCUAGCAGACAGCCAGAGAGACCACCUGACCCGGCAGGCCCAUUGUAGAGCAUUGUCUCCUCUUUUCCCAGCUAAUCCUCUAUACAGUAGCGUGUGUUCAGACGAGAUGGGACACAUGACAGCUUUUCAUGCGAGACAUCAGUUCUGUUCAGUUUUGAGUCAUCUGGUCUCUGUGCAAUCUCUCACUUGUUAAAGGAAGGAUUUGCGAUAUGCAACACAUUUCUGAGUGCCCCCCAGUUGAAAAUCUAUCAAUGCCAGUGUCUGUCUUGUCUGAAAAGUCUGGGUUCAUAUGCCUGUUUGAUACAUGAUUAAUGUAUGAAUUUAUAUCGUUUAACUCUGAAGUCGUGAUUCUGUAUUUUGUUUUUUAGUCUGAAUGUACUACUUUGAUUUCAUUCUCAGUUUUUCUCUUUACUAUUUAAUAUGAGUUGCUUAAAAAAUGACAUGUCAGUUGUUCAUAGUAUGUUUUUGAAUCUACUGUGGCUAAAACUUCCUUUGAAUCUUUUCAUAUUUCUAAUUAGGUAAUGGACCAGAUUACAUUUUAUUAAGCCCGUUGUAAGCAUUCUUUGCUGGGAGUCUUUUCCUUUUGCUGUCUCUCAAAAGAUAUUAAUGAGCAAAAGCACUCAGAGGGGCCCCAUAUGAUGCCAAGAGUCUGUCUCUGAUAGUACCUGCACAAAACAGCAUAUGCUCUCACCCCUCCUCAGAGACAGAGACAGGAAAAGGCGGUAGACGUCUAAAGUGUCUGUCUGAAGAAACUGAAUUUUAAUGUGCAAAAAAAUACUCCAUGUAUGUUUUGCUUAAAAAAAGGUCAAAUAUUCCAUCUACAGAAUUUAAAGUUGAUUAAAAUAGUUUAUUUAUUAAUGUUUACUGAACAUGACUUUUUGAUGUUCAUUAUGUCGACAUCUGAUGAGUUCUGAUGGGUUUGUGGUUGUGUGCACUUUUUUGUCCCUUGUGAAUGUGGGGCUUCGACCCUGCCAUCUAUAUAAGCUUUUUCUUUUCUCUCUACGACAGCAUUUCAGCCUGUUUAAAUACAUACAGUAUGAGGUAUAUUUUAGCCUGUUGAAUUUCGUGGUCUUGGAAAUGUUGUAUGGAAUGUUACAAUAAAGUGAUAUUUUUCUACAAA